UGAGCGCAGUUGCUUUCCUCUCGGUCUGAGAGGCAACUGCUGUUUUUUUUUAUUUUUUAUUUUCUUUUUUUUGUUUGUCCUUCCCGUCGUGGGCCACACAUCAGAAGGAGACACUGCAGAUUUGCUUCCCUUUCAUCUUCUUCUUCUUUUUUAACCUGUCUUCUACUUGUCUGUUAUUAUUUUUGUUGCCAUGCCGGUAGUUGGCGUAGCUUCCAAGCUUAGGCAACCCUCUGCAGUGGGCACGAAGCCAGUGCACACCGCUCUCCCCAUCCCUAGCGCGGUCAGAGCAGCCACCUCGCAGGGCUACAUGGCCCGACAGCAGGAACUCAGGACAAACGAAGGUACCCCGGGGCUCUCAUGCCAGCUGUCAGUCAAGUCUGAUUACAAGCAAGAGAAGAGCCCAGAAGGGAAGUCCAAAGCCGAGACGGAGGAGAGCAAGAUCUGCAAGAUCUACACAGACUGGGCCAAUCACUACCUGGCCAAGUCUGGCUGUCCGCGUCUCAUCAAGGACCUGAGCCAGGAUGUCACCGAUGGAGUCCUGCUGGCACAGAUCAUCCAGAUCAUAGCGAAUGAGAAGGUGGAGGAUAUCAAUAGCAGCCCCAGGAGCCAGUCGCAAAUGAUUGAGAAUGUGGAUGCCUGCCUCAGUUUCCUGGAUGCCAGAGGAGUGAAUGUACAAGGGCUCUCAGCAGAAGAAAUCAGGAAUGGCAACUUAAAGAGCAUCCUGGGUCUCUUCUUCAUCCUGUCACGCUACAAACAGCAGCAACAGCAACAGCAGCAGUAUUACCAGUCCCUGGUGGAGCUCAGCCAGCAGACCAGCAGCACCGCAUCAUCUGCCAGCAGCCACAAAUCACAAGAGAUGCAAUCCAGUCUCACGGCACGAUAUGCAAGUCCUCCAGGCCACAGUGGAAUAGGUUCACCACAGAAGAAAAACACCAGGUUACCAGGGCCCUCCAGAGUACCUGCUGCGGGCAGCGGGGCCUCCAGGAGCCCAGGCUCAUCCAACCUCAACCGUCGGAGCCAGAGCUUCAACAGCAUUGACAAGAGCAAGCCUCUUCAGUAUGCCAGUGGCAACGAUAGAGAGGCUGUGAGAGGCAUCCCAGUACCUAGUGGGAUGAAUGGAAGUGGUGUUGGUGGCAUGGUUCCCACCAGCCUCAGCGGGCAGCAGCUGGCCUCUGCCAUCCCAUCCCCCACAGCUGGCAAGUCCUGGCGCAGCAAGUCCAUGAAUCUUAAGCACAGCGCAACUUCAUCCAUGCUGGCAAGCCCUACACACUCCCCUUCUACCACCCCAUCACCGCAAGCCCCAGAAGGGGAUGGGUCAAAAGUAGGGUCAAGUGUUGCACUGCCUCAGAGGUCAAUGCUGGAGAAAUUUCGGCUGAUUAACCCCCGAUCAGCUUCAAGAGCAUCACCAUCUGUGGUGGAGAUGGCUUUGCAGGAGGAAGAUGACCUAUCAGAGUAUGGUGAAGAUGGAUUGACGCCUACAGGGUCAGCGUGCAGCAGUGUUAGUAGCAGUGCUACAGCCAAACAAAUGGCUACAAAGACCCCUGCAUCGUCCCUCACCGCACCAAGCAAAACGUCCUCAUCUUCACCCUCUUCUUAUUCAAAGGCGUCCGCCAGUGGUAGCAGGUCUCAAGCCUCCUCCAAAGACAAGGAGGACAAGAGCAAGUCUGGGAAGUCCUGUAAGGACAGCUCUCCCCCAAAAGAGGAGCGCGACACAUUUCCCGAGUCCACAAAGAAGUCCUCAAAAAUUGCCAGCCUCAUCCCAAAAGGAGGGAAGUCAUCGUCAGGGAAGAAAGAUGGUGGCACCCCCUCAGCUUCAAGCGGCAUCCCAAAGCCAGGACUUAAAGGUCCCUUAGCAUCAUCAGCAAAGCCGCAAAGUCAGUCCCAGGCCCAAAACCAGGCCGCCUUAAACAGCAGCGGAAAUAUACGGGGAGGAGAGGGAGAGAGGGCCAAGCUAACCAAAGGGGGGCAAAGUGGGAGUUUCUAUAUCCAACGCUCCGUAGGGGGCUCAGAGGGCAAACGGACCAGCAUGACCUCGUCCACCAGCACCUCAGCCCUGUCUGCGUCCACUGUGGGAGGAAGUGGGGGAGGGGGAGGAACACCAGGAGGAAAUGGAGUAGUUCAGCUUCCCCAGCAGCAGCAGCACAACCAUCCUAAUACAGCUACUGUGGCCCCCUUCAUGUACAGGACAUUCUCAGAAAAUGACUGCACCAUGGUGGCCCCAGCCGACCCCUGCCUCAGCCCCACCAAGGGAGAGCUAGUCUACAGCAAGACAGCCAAACAGUGCCUGGAGGAGAUAUCAGGAGAAGACCCUGAGACAAGACGUAUGAGGACAGUAAAGAACAUCGCUGACCUGCGGCAGAACCUAGAAGAGACCAUGUCCAGUCUACGGGGGACACAGAUCAGCCACAGUACAUUAGAAACAACCUUUGACACGACAGUAACCACUGAGGUGAAUGGGCGGAGUAUACCUGCCCUCGCUGCACGCUCCUCCCCCAUGUCCUGGCGUCUGGGCCAAUCACAAACCCCACGUCUCCAGGCAGGUGACGCCCCCUCGAUGCCCAGUGGCUACGCUGCGCCCAGGGCGAGCACAACAGGCGCAGGCACCACCACAGGGCGCUAUAGUGGGCACUCAGACCCCUCCAGAUACCUUACAGAUGGCAGCCUUCAUCUGUAUGCACGGAACACCGGCCGAGCCUCAGAUGCAGCUUCUUCUCGAGACGUAUCCCAAAGAGGAAGCAAAGAGAUGCAGGGUGACAUUGACAGCUGGGACGACAGCAGCUCAGUGAGCAGCGGCCUAAGUGACACGCUGGACAACAUCAGUACUGAUGAUCUGAACACACCUGCAUACUCCUGUGUCAGCUCAUCGCGCAAAAGCAAAGGAGCGCAGUCCCAGAAAGGAAGCAGAUCCAAGCAUGCGGAGCAGGUGGUGAGCAGCAGUUGGGCUGGAGCUGAAGACCUGAAGAAGGUAGAGGAGGAGCUGGAUGCAAGCAUGGAUCCUAGCAGUGGCUCUUCCCGUUGGAAGACCUCCUCAUCUUCCCCAUCCUCCCAAACCCAGGGCCAGUAUGAGGACGCCAGUCAGAAGGCAGCUGCGCUGGCCCAGAUGUCCCAAACAGGCUCAUGGAGAAGGGGUAUGACAGCCCAGGUGGGCAUUACACCACCCAGAACCAAGGGGACGUCCGCUGCCCUGAAAACACCAGGCAAAACCGAUGAUGCAAAAGCCUCAGAGAAGGGUAAGGUGCCUUCCAAGAGCUCAUCUGGCAUCCAGCGCUCACCCUCAGACGCUGGCAGGAGUAGUGGGGACGAAGGCAAGAAACCCCCUUCUGGCAUCACACGCCCACCCACCACAGGCUCAUUUGGUUACAAGAAGAUCCAGGGUGCCACUGGCACGCUAAUUACCUCCAGUGGUGCGAUACUCGCCAGUGGCUCAGCCACCCUGGGCAAGGCACCCAAAUCUUCAGCUGCCAUCAGCAAAGGUGCAAGCAUCAGUGGUGUGCGGAAGACCAGUCUGGAUGGCUCACAGCCCCAGGAUGAUGGCAUCCUGCUCAGCUGCAGUGGCUCGAAAGUGACCCUGCAGUACCGCUCCUUACCCAGGCCAGCUAAAUCCUCCAGUGGGGUGGCCGCAGGGCGCAGUGGGCAUCGCUCCAGCUCCAGCAGCAUCGACUCAAAUGUCAGUGGCAAGUCAGCUGGUGGGGCAACAACGCAAACAGGCACUAAACGCAGGGAUGGAAAAGUGGGCUCAGAACGCUCUAGUCCCAUCACCAUCAACCAGACCGAUAAGGAGAAAGUGGCGGUGUCAGAUCAAGACCCAGCAGCAGGACUAUCCACCUCCCCAAAGUCUAGCCCCACCUCCACCUCAACAGGCCAGUCAGGCCUCAGGCAACCAGGCUCCAAGUACCCCGAUAUCGCUUCUCCAACCUUUCGCAGAUUGUUUGGUACCAAAGCUAGCAGCAAGGCCAGCUCUCCUGGCACGCCCGACUCUGGCAAGUGCCCCUCAAUACUGGGCAGCCCGCACGGCACACUGGCGAGACAAGCCAGUCUGGACUCGCCUUCCUCUGGCACUGGGAGCCUGGGCAGCGCUGGCGGCCUGAGCGGUGGCAGCAGCCCUCUGUAUGGUAAAACCCCAGACAUGUGCACCGACUCCCCGGCCUCCAGCCCAGCCUCUGGCCUCUCCCUGCCCUCCAACGCUCGGCCCUGGCCUGCCUGUAGCUCAUCUGCUGGCAGCAAGGACACACUGAGCUGCCAAAGCAUGACCAGUCUGCACACCAGCUCUGAGUCCAUUGAUAUGCCGCUGGGCCACCAUGGGCCCAAGGUUACACGAACCGGCAGUGUCAAGUCCACCCUGUCUGAGGGCAUGCCACUUGACAGAAACACACUUCCCAAAAAAGGACUGAGAUACCCUACCUCCUCCAGGCAGACAUCUCAUGAAGAAGGGAAGGAGUGGUUGAGGUCCCAUUCAACAGGAGGUCUUCAGGAUACUGGCAGCCAGUCCCCUCUGUCUCCUCCUGGAGCCUCUUGCACCACCACAGGAAAAUACCACUACUCCAACCUCUUGAGCCCCACCAACAUCAGUCAGUAUAACCUGCCACCAGGCAGCAGCAGCAUGAGCCGCUCCAACAGUAUCCCCACCCAGGACUCCUUUGACCUGUAUGGAGAGGGUCACCCACUGGGUGGCAGCGCAACCUCUCUGGAGGAACGACCACGUGCCAUCAGCCGCUCUGGGUCCUUCAGAGACAGCACUGAUGAAGUCCAUGGCUCCUCACUGUCUUUGGUUUCCAGCACGUCGUCACUGUAUUCUGCGACAGAGGAAAAAGCUCACUCAGAGGGCCAAACAGUCCAAAAUUCCACGCAAAUCAGAAAGCUGCGUCGGGAGCUGGACGCCUCUCAGGAGAAGGUGGCGACUCUGACAUCUCAGCUGGCUGCCAACGCUCACCUGGUGGCAGCCUUUGAGAAGAGUCUGAGUAACAUGACCUGCCGCCUGCAGAGCCUCACCAUGACAGCCGAGCAAAAGGAGUCCGAGUUGGCAGAGUUGAGGGAGACGAUAGAAAUGCUGAAGACCCAGAACACAGACGCCCAAACAGCUAUCCAGGUGGCACUCAAUGGCCCAAACCACCUUGACAAAGAUCUGAGGAUUAGACGGCAGCACUCUUCUGAAAGUAUGUCCAGUAUUAACAGCGCAGCCAGUCAUUCCAGUAUGGGCAGCUUGGGCAAGGAUGCCGAAGACAAAAAGAAGAAGAAGAAGAGCUGGGUGGCCGAUUCCCUCCCGGCUCAGUUACGAAGCUCCUUCAAGCAGGCGUUCAGCAAGAAGAAAACCAAAUCGCAGUCAGCCCACGAUGAGAUGGAGGAGAUGACCGACUCUCUGCCUUCCUCACCCAAACUGCAGCACGACAACAGGCAAGGCAGUAUUGCCACGCUGCGCUCUUCACCCUCCACCACAGAGCUAUGUGAAUGCACUGAGGCUGAGGCAGAAAUCAUCCUCCAGCUGAAGAACGAGCUGAGGGAGAAGGAGCUCAAGUUGACGGACAUCCGCCUGGAGGCACUUAGCUCUGCCCAUCACCUGGACCAGAUCCGAGAGGCCAUGAACCGCAUGCAGAAUGAGAUUGAGACGCUGAAAGCAGAAAAUGAUCGUCUGAAGUCCAGCGGUAACGCAACACCGACAGCCACACCCGUGAAGACAGCCCGGCCACCCUCUGAGACCUCUAGCACCUCCUCAUCCUCCUCACGUCAGUCCUUGGGGCUGUCCCUCAAUAACCUCAACAUCACAGACACCAUCAUGUCAGAUAUUCUCCUCGAUGACAGCUAUGAGGGCAACCUACGCAAAGAGGGCCGCAGUGUGCGAAUAGUGGUUACCAUCAGCAGUGGGCCAAAUAUCACCAAGGGUACACAAAGCCAGGAGUACCUGAUUGGGUCUAUAGGUGUGAGUGGGAAAACCAAGUGGGAUGUCCUGGAUGGGGUUAUCCGACGCCUCUUUAAAGAGUAUGUGUUCCGCGUGGAUCCUCUGACCAGCCUGGGUCUCAGCUCAGACAGCAUUGUCUGCUACAGGAUGGGUGAGGUGAUUCGCUCCCACGCCUCUGAAGUGCCUGAGCUGCUGCCCUGCGGCUACCUGGUGGGUGGCAACAACAUCAUCAAGGUCAACCUUAAAGGUGUUAAGGAGAACAGCAUAGACAGUCUCGUGUUUGACACUCUCAUCCCGAAGCCCAUCAUCCAGCGAUAUCUCAACCUGUUGAUGGAGCACCGUCGGAUCAUCCUCUCAGGACCCAGUGGCACCGGUAAAUCCUUUCUGGCUGCCAAACUGGCUGAGUACAUCAUUUCCCACAUGGGGCAGGAAGUGACGGAGCACAAUGUGGCCAGCUUUAAUGUCGACCAGAAUUCCAGCAAGGACCUGCGUCAGUACCUAUCAACCCUGGCUGAGCAGUGUAACUCUGAGGACACGGACACAGAGCUCCCCACUGUGGUCAUCCUGGACAACCUCCACCAUAUCGGCUCCCUCAGCGACAUUUUCAAUGGCUUUCUCAACUGCAAGUAUCACAAAUGCCCUUACGUUAUUGGGACCAUGAAUCAGGGGGUGUCUUCGUCUCCUAACCUCGAGCUGCAUCACAACUUCAGGUGGGUGCUGUGCACCAACCACACUGAACCAGUCAAAGGUUUCCUGGGGCGCUUCCUACGGCGGAAGCUGAUUGAGACAGAGAUUGAUAAGAAUAUGCGCAGCAAUGACCUGAUUAAGAUCAUUGACUGGAUCCCCAAAACCUGGCAGCACCUCAACAGCUUCCUGGAGGCACACAGCUCCUCCGAUGUUACCAUAGGCCCUCGUCUGUUCCUGUCCUGUCCCAUGGAUGUAGAGGGUUCUCGGGUUUGGUUCACUGACCUGUGGAACUACUCCCUGGUGCCCUACCUGCUGGAGGCUGUCAGGGAAGGACUGCAGCUGUACGGCAAAAGAGCUGCAUGGGAAGAUCCAUCCAAGUGGGUGAAUGACACAUAUCCAUGGAACGCCGCCUCACUGCAGCAGGACGGGCAGUCGCUGCUCCAGCUGAGGCCGGAGGAUGUGGGAUAUGAUGGAUACAGCUCGUCCAAGGAGGGCGCCUCAUCCAAGCAAGUGUCUCAGAGUGACACUGAGGGAGACCCACUGAUGAACAUGCUGCUACGGCUGCAGGAGGCAGCAAACUACUCCAGCACGCAGAGCUGCGACAGUGACAGCACCAGUCACCAUGACGACCAGCUAGACUCUUCACUGGAGUCAGCACUAUGAGAGCAAGAGAUACUGAUCCCCUAACCCGCACCCCUUGGACCUCCCAGAACCUGGGAACUAUCAAACCCCCAUCACUACCGGACACCCCUAUAGUUAGCAAAUGAUAUAUGAAAAGUUUUAUUAUCCAAAAUGAUUUACCCAACAUUUGAGAGAGAAAAAAGCCUAUUUUUACACAGCGAUGGUGCAAUAUUAAAUCAGAUUAUUUUAUGUCUUAAAGAUGUGUCUUCAACUUGGUCCCCGGUGAUCAAAAAGGUAAACGACAAUAUGCGUAAGAUCGAAUCUAUUUUACUGACAUCGGAUAGUGUUCGCCAGUCAUUUUUAAUGGAUGUGUAACAUUUGAAGAAUACAACUUUUCAUAUAUAUUAUAGGUUUUAGUGUGUCUGAUAAGGAACAUCACACUUUGUUCACACUUUUCAUUUUGGGUGUGAGAAAAUGAAAGAAGUUCAGCGUGAUCAAACUGGAUUUUUUGUUAUCUAGUUAUAUUUUCAGGUGUUUACAUUUAGGGUCGGGUUUUGUUGUGUAUGUCUUUCCUUGUUUACAGAGGUGCUUCUCACAGACACACACUCAAAUGAAUGCACUUGCACACAGGCAGCAGGAGGAGACUCUCUGUUAAUGAAAGCUUUUAAAAGUUCAGGCCAUCAUUUAAUCUACAGUCCAGCCUGCCACAGUGUCCUUGAGCAAAGUACCAUAUCUCCACUUCUGACUACCCUGAUCUCUUACACUAUCUUUCAGGUGAUGUAAUGCUCUCUAGUGGCCACAGGCUGUUUUACAUCCAUUGUGUUUACACACAAAUCAUCAGGUUUCAGUAAAAGUUAUUUAUGGUCAACCAAACCUGCUCCUUACUGGGUAGAUUUUGUUCACCGCUGUACCAUUUUUAAAAAAAUAUCUUUGCUUUUUGUGAACAUGACGAGGGUGUAGCUAAUAUUGGAGCAUACUAACACACUCUGCUGCCCUCAGCUCAGUCACUAGUUGAGCCUCGUGGUGCUGGUCUCCUGCCCUGAACGUUGUCGGCGUCAGGCACUGCCAAGCCGCUCCUCGCCCCCCCCCCUCCAUGCCGACAACAAGCACAACGAAAGCGCAUUGUCUGUGUGUGUGUGUGUGUGUGUGAUCCAGUCUCACUACUACUGUGAAGAAAAAAAUUGAAAAGUGCCAACGUUUCGUUUCGAUUUGACUGCCAAAUGUAAACACAAUGCAGAGCCGAACAUGGUUGUAGAAGUCUACAUUACGCUGUUCUUGGCCUGCUGUCAAUGUUUGGAUGAAAUGUACCGUGAAGAGAGCAGACAGCGCCCUCUGUGGAUUGUAACAGGAGUAACCAGGUAUUUUUGGCAGUCUGCACAGGGUUUGGUGCAAUGUAGGCUGACCCUGAGUUCAGUAAUACCUAACAGAGUAGCGUGGUAUUCUGCGGCCCUCAUUAGAAAUUCUUUUUUGACAUGUGCUUCGGUUUCUACCCGUGAGGUACCCGAAAGGAAUCCAAAUUGUCGCAUCCGUAUACAAGUUAACCAGAUCAGUCAAAGAGCUGAAUAGGGGAACAAUGAUAUUGGUGCUUUCUCCACUGCCUUAAAUGUUCAAAAGUUUUUUUUCAAGCAUCUUCUGGUGAGAAGACGAGAUAGUAUUGAUAUGCUUCCUGCUAUGUCAAAGAUGCUGCUUGCAGUGGGACAAACAGCCACUUUUGUUUGUUUUCCCUCCCUUUCCCUCUAAAGCACCCUUUCUCCUUUCUGACAGUUAGAUUAUAAAAGAGUGAAUAGUGUAUUUGAAUUUGACCAAUAUUGUAUGAACAUUUAAAAAAGUAUAUAAUAGAGGGGUUGGGAUAUUUUUUUAAGUUGUUGUUUUGUGCCCAGUUGAGCUGGGCUCACUUGAACUGAUAGGAGCACAACCAAACUGUUUCAGGUGUUCUUGCCUGAUGAGCAUGUCUUGAACCUUUUUAAAGGGGAUGCAUUAUGAGGAGACCUUUACCUUUAUGUAUGCGUGUAUUGGACGGAAGCCAUUUAGAUUUUUGAUUGUCCUCUCUUUGUUUAUCGAGUGGGUUGGUUUUGCACACUUUGAGGUUGGGUUGGGUUGUAAAUACUUAAGUCUUGCACAGUGAAUCAAAGAUGCAUUCUGCCCUGUCGAUGUUCCAAUAUGCUUAACCCGCCGAAUAAAUUAUUGUACUUUGAAAACAGAGAGAAAAAAAAAGAAAUGCAAAAUUUAACACACUGUCAGAAACAGGUGUGUGUCUUGUGGUGAUUGGAUGUUGUGCCUAUGCAGGAGGCAUACAGUGUACAGUAAGAAACAGCUUUUUUUUAACUCACUAAAAUCACAAAAGGAGAAGAAAAAAAAUAGGCACUUACUCCAGUAUUCCUCAUCCUGCCAUAAUAUUUCUGGAUCUUAGGAAUCCCAGUUGUUCAUUAGAAACACUUCCCCUCUGGACAUUUUAACUGAAGCUUACCGCCAUGUUAGGCUUGCUAGUUGGCCGAGGCACCGAAGCUGAUCUGACACCGUACUGUAAACAUUUACCAACAACCAACAGGUGCUACUGGUCAGAGCUCACCAGAGACCAAGAAGUCAUGUUGUCACAACCUCAGGACAAUUCUAUCCUCUACAAUCCUACCUGUGUUCAGCUUCACGCGUGUCUCCGCAGCCAAGUUGUUGAUGGUCCGCACAUUCUUUUGGCAAAGGGGUGUAGUUGCAUGCUAAAGGGGUGGUUGCUCCUUACCUAGACUUACACCCGCAUAUCAAACCUAUCUACACUCCUGUUAACAGUGUACACCAUGGUGACAUUUUCCCCACUUAACACUUUGCAGUUACAUCUCAGUUGAAAACCAUAGCAUUUACUCUGGUUUGAGAGAACGUUUUCUUCUUUUUGGGUGAAACAUUUGUCCUUAAAUGUUUUAUAUUUUGUACAUUUGUAUGUAACAUAUCAUGUAAAUAGACAGAGACAGUGAUUUACCUCAUCUGGAGGAUUUUGUAGUCUUUGUAAAGCCCUAAUAAAUGGUAUUUGGUGUCACACA